AUGUUUAAAAACAUUAUAAAUCAAUUUAUUAAGUUAUUUGGACAAGAGUAUUUGGGGGAAUGGGACGCGAUGCAGAAUUUAACGAUUAACUCUGUUACAUCGCCAGAGAUACUAUUGAAAAAUGUACCCUUUCCAGAAAAGUUAUUCGAAUUAGCUGAGUUACCCUUUGAAAUAGUUUACUCAAACAUAAAAAAUUUACGCAUAAAAUUUUUAUGGUCAUCUAUUUUUUCAAACAACAUUAGUCCUAUAAAUAUUUAUGCAAAUGAUAUAUAUCUUGUCAUAAAAUUUUUGUAUCCAAGUUCGUGGGAUACCAACAAAAUUAUGAAUUAUCAAUAUAAAACGAAAAAAAAUAAACUAAACAAAUGGGAUAGAAUUAAUGUAUCAAAAGAAAAGAAAGAGGACAAUUUUUUAAAAGCUCUCCCUGUGAAAUUAGUUAAUUCGUUAAGAAUAUUAGUAGAAAAUAUUAAGAUAACAUUUUUUGAUAAUUAUAUUUAUAAAAAUCCUUUUACUUUUGAAUUUUUUAUUAAGAAUUUUAAAAUUGAUGAAUUAAAUAAAUACAAAGUGAAACUAACCGAAGAAGAAAAAAAAAAUAUUAAAAAAAAUCUCCUAAUUAAUAUAUGGAUAAGAUUUAUAGGACUACAUAUUAUUUUUAAAGAAUAUACCAAGAAAAUUAAAUAUAAGAAGAAAAUUAAAAGGAAGGAAGAUAUAAUACAUACUAAUCACAAAAUAGGUAACAGUGCCAUCAAGUUGAAAGAUAACAAGGAUCAAAUUGAAGAUGUGCUUUUCCUGACGGCGAUCGAGAACCUGUUUAGCGAGAGCACGAAUUCCAUACAUGAAAAAAAAAAAAGGCAUAGCUUAGGGAAAAAAAUAAAAAGGAGCACAUUAGACAGCAACAGAUUGACUGAGUAUUAUUCGUUCAGUGAUUAUGACAUCAACGAGAGGAUAAAAGAAGGACAUAUAAAAAAAAGAGCCAAGAGAAAAUUCUUUGCAUCCAAAUUCGGGGAAAAUGUAUCACCAAGAAAGCUAGAUAGUAAAUUAAAAAAUAAAAAUAAAAAUAACUACAAUUUUGAGAUACCAAAACACAAUUUAGGUUUUAGAAUAACACAAAAAAAUGGGUUGGAUAUGCACGUAAUCUUUAAAAAAUAUGAUAUGAAAGCACUAAAUGAUUUGAAAUGUGAUUUAAAAUGUUUUAAGAGUGUCGAGUUGUCUUUUAAUAAGCAUCAUAAAGAAGAUAAAGAGGAUGACACAUAUGAUAAUGUAAAAAAUGAGAAAGGAAGACAUUCGGAAAAACCGUACAGUUGCUAUAAUUGUACUAGCAGUACCAUUGAAGAGGAAAAUGACAACAAUGAUAUUAAUAGUAAUAAUAAUAAUAUUAAUAGAAAUAAUAGUAUUAAUAAUGGUAAGAAUAGUAUUAAUAAUAAUAGUAAUAAUAAUAAUUGUAUGUUUAUGUCGAGUAACACGAAUUAUAACUAUCAUACUAACAGUGACUCGUACAAUGGCGAAUUAGGAAAUUAUGAUAAAAUAAUUGAACUGAGUUUUAAAAAUGAUUUUCCUCCUCUGUUUUAUAAUAUUUCGAAUUUUGAAAGUUUGGAUGUUCAUUUUACAGCAUCCGCUUUAGAUUCGUUUUAUAAUUUUGUAAGAUAUAUUGAGUUUUGGUACUUGUACAAAGGUGGUUGUACCAAAGUUUUUAACAUUAUUCCAUCCAUAGAAGAUUGUGUAAAAUAUUCAGAAUAUAGAAAAUUAAAAGGUGAGAAAAGUUACAAAUAUGAUGAAUGCGGUAGGCAAUUUAUUGAAAAAUUUGAAGCAUCUUGUCCUAUUCAUUUAUUAACUAAAUUAAGAUUAUUAUCUGAUGAAUGCAUAUAUACUAAAGAAUAUUUUAAUAGGGGAAAUAUAAGAAGAAGGGAGUGGAAAAAAUUAUUAUACAACUUUAUAAAAAAUCAUAAAGGUGAUAAUUCUAUAUUAGAUGAAAAUUUAGAAAAAUUGGAUAGAUGGUUUUCGCACGAUAUGCUAUUUAAUUUAGUUAUACCUCAAAUUAACUUCACAUAUAUUCCUUUAAAAUUUCAUCAUUUUGAUUAUUGUAGAAUGAAAUCAAACAAAUGUUUAUUGUCCUAUAAUGUAAUCUGUUCUUUUUUGCUUAAACAAGAAAAAUUAUCUACCAUAAAAAAAAGGUUGAGCAUUUAUAUUCAUAAUUUACAUGUCCAAUCUUUAUUUGUAAUUUUCAGAAGAAAUAAAAAAUUUGUGUUAAAUAAAAAGAAGUAUUGUCUUUAUUUUAUUGAAAAGUUACCAAUAAGAAAUUGUUGUAUAUAUAACGAAGUGAGCCACAAUAGUAGUAGUAGUUAUAGUAAUAGUAAUAAUAGUAAUAAUAGCAAUAAUAGUAAUAAUAGUAGUAAUAGUAAUAAUAGUAAUAAUAAUAGAAGUAAUGGUUUUUAUAAUAUAAAGACAAAAAAUUUAAGGGCAGAAAGUGUGUUGACGACCGAUACAAAGUAUUUGAACGAGGACAAAAUAAUUAAUCAAAGUGUGGGAUAUAUGAUGAAUGCUUUAGAGAAGCGAGCAAUGAGUCAGAAAAACAUAGACAUUAGUUAUAGCAGUAGAAAUGUAAUGUAUCCUAAGAAUACCAUUGGUAUGUACCCUAGUAACUAUGAACAUAACAUUAGUGGAAAUUAUUACGAAAGAUUAAGAAGUAAUGUUAGAGGGCACCAUGAUGUUGAUAAUGAAAAACACUAUAGUGAAAAUCAGUACAGUACAAAACGAGACAACGAAACGUAUCUCAGAGUGCGCUGUGAAAAUGAGAGUGGUCUUUGCGUCCAAUCGCGUAAUACAAUAAGUGAACUAAAUAAAAGCAUGCACCUAAAUUUUGAUAAUAACUACAAUAUGUGUGGUUUCCUUAUGAAACAUCAUUCCUCUGACAAUACUGGGGAAAUAGAUAAAAUUAAGAUAGAAAAUUUGCAAACACUUGAAAGGGAAAUUUUCAAAGUAGACAACAUAAAAGAUUUGAAAAAUAAGGUGGAUAAUGAACUAAACAAAAAGGAAAAUAAUAAGAGCAGUAAUAAUGGGAAUAAUGACAAUGCCAAUAAUAAUAAUAUAAGAAAUAAAGGGAAAUCGUUUUGGAAAUUUAUUCUGGGGAAACAUAAAAAGGACUCACAUGAUGAAAAUAAUUCCAUCAAACAAACCAUUAAUUAUGAUACGAAUUUUGAUUUAAUAAUGAAUAAUAAAGUUGUUAUAAUACCCAAUGCCUUUAUUAUACUUGUUAACGAUUAUAGUAAUAAUGCAAGAGAAAUUGAUCUGCAUAUAUGUAAAUAUAUGAUCAAUUUAAAUAAUUUAUUACCUAUUGUGAAUUUCAUCUCAGUAAAUAAUAUUUGUUUAGAGCUUUUUCUCAAAUACGACAAUUAUAUUGAUAAGGACGCUAUUGAAACCCUUAGCUUGUCCAUAAGUAGUGUUAUGCAAAAAAAGAAAAUAAUACGAGUUCAUCUUGAUGAACUAAAAUUAUACUUUUUACAUUCUUCCUAUGUCGAAUGUGAAAUUGUAGAUUUAAAAAAUUUUCUUAAUAAAACAAAAAGAAGGAAGAAAAUAAUGCAAACGCCUCGAAGUCAUGAAAAAUUUAUUGAGCACAGUAUUGUUGUUGAUCCUUUUAGAUCCAGAAGUAUUAACAAUGAAACAGAAACGAAGCAAAAAAAAAUGAAUGCACCCAUAAAUGUAGAAAUACAGAAGGAUCAGAACCUCAUAUAUAACUUUGUAAAGAGUAAUAAUGUGAAAAAGAAUAAUGAUUAUUAUAAAGAAAUAAACAGUGAUAAAAGCACAAGUGUCGUGACGUCAGACUCAUAUGAAUAUUCAGAUGAGGAUAAUGAUAAGGAAGAAAUAGUGAGUAGUAAAUAUAUGAAUAAAAACAUGGAAAAUUUUAUCAGAAGUCAACAGGGAGAUAUUACAAAUAUACAUAAUUUAAUUUUCAACAACCUAUUUGUUCCAGAAAAAAAUGUAUACCAUACGAAAAUAAAUAACACAAUUUCCUAUUUGAAAAAAAGAAACUUUGUUUAUUCUAUUAAAAGCAAUUUUUAUUCAUUUUUAAAAAGAUACAUCCAAUAUAAUAAAAAUAGGAAUAAAAUGAAAAAUAAAAAUAUAUUAUCAAAUGGAAUCUAUUUCCAAAUUAAAAACCUAUUCUUUUUUCUGGAUAAGGAUGAUUCCUUAUUAUACCUACAAACGAACUACCUUAAAUUAGAGCACUUAUUUAACUCCUGCUUUCUUUAUAUUGAAAAUGAUCGGAUCAGUAGGAGUAAGAUCACCCAUGAGGAAUUUUUGGAAGGCGAAGAAGUGAGAAAUAGUAUCGAUGGUAAGGAAGUAACAAAUACAAAGCAAAAUGAUAGCGAUAGUAGCAACAGUAACAUUAAAGACAGCAAUGAUAGUAGCCGCAGAAGUGAUAGCAAUAGUAGUAUGGAUGAUAAUAACCAUAAAAGUAGUUCAAAGGCGGAAGCGAUAAACAGAAGGGGUGAUAGACAGAACACCGCAUGUGUAAUGGAAAAUAUAAAAAACAAGGACAUGCUGAUAUGCAUUAAAUCAUUUAAACUUAAAAAAAACAACAACGUUUAUUCCUUAAGUGUAGAUGUACUUAGCUGCAGUUUGAAUGAAGUUUGUGUGUCUCUGAUUAGCAUAUAUAAAUAUAUAAUCCCUGUAGACUAUCUAGAAUUAAUUAAUAUUAGAAUAAAGAAAUUAAGAAAAGUAAGACAAUGUCUCAUAUAUAAUAAUAAGAAUACGAUGCAUUUAAAGAAAUUCAAUAUAACAAAUAACUUCUUGUACAAAAUUCUAAGCAAAUUUUUUCUUACUAAUAAUAUAACGUACGAAAAUAAUACAGAGCUCAAAAGUGGAAAUAAUGAAGACUCGUUAGUAGUAAAUAAGAAUUAUGAAAAGUAUGUAAAAAAGUUAGUUAACAAAAUUAUAGAUAAGGAAAAAAUAUUGUAUAAUAAAGAAGAUUUUGAAAAAUUAUUUUUCAUGAUUUUAAAAAAGAAAGUACGCAAAACGGAAAAGAAUUAUUUAUUUGAUAAAGAGAAUUCAUUUAAUAACGGUCAUGAGAUGGAAAAGAGGAGAUGCACUUAUCAAAGCUCCGAUAUAAAUCCACAUUCCUUUAGUAGUAAUAAUGAUGCAAUACGAAAUUAUUAUGCGACUAGAAGAAAAGAGCAUUAUGUAGAUUCAGUGAAGAAUUUCAAACCCGUAGAAAGAGAAUAUUACUCAUGUAAGGAAGAUACCAUUUUAAGCAACAGCGAUUUUGAUGAUAGAUAUGACUCUUAUAGUCAGGCCUGUUAUAUGAAUUCUAAUGUAGAACGACAUUCCUAUUCUACAUACAGUGGAUAUGAGGAAAAUAAAUAUAAGACUGAGAAAUGUAAAGGAAUAGCCAAAACAAAAAGAGAAGAAGUACUAAUUCCAAAAAGAAAUACAUGGACAAAUGAUAUAUACUAUGUAAGACCAUCAAGUAGAUACUAUAAUGAACAUUGUAAAUAUAUGAAUUUGAGAAAUCUGUUUAAUUUUGAAAAGUCAAUUAAUUCUGAAAAUUUAAUGGAAGAAGAUAUUUUUAUUCAAAGCUCUUUAUCUGAUGCAAAUGCUUCAGAAUUAUUUUGUUUGAGAAGUACCCAUAUAGAAACAGAGCAUGCAAAUAAGAAAAAAAAAAUGCUUUUAUUUUUCAUUUUAAUAGGAAAAACAGAUAUAGUUAUUAAAAAUAAAAAUGAAGGAUUAUUCAAUGUAGUGUUCAAUGGUUUUAUGAGUGAAGUGUCUCAUUUGCAUAAUGAAAUGGAUAUAUCUCUGAAAAUUAAAUCAUUGUAUUUUUUUUACGUGUUAACAGUUAUGAGAAAAAAAAAAAAUGCUUUAGUUGGUACAAAAAUGGAUCAAAUGGAUGACAAAGGGCGGAAUAGUGAUAACAGAGGAAAAAAGCAUUCAUCCCAUAAGAUAAAGAGACAGGAUAUACAAAAGAAUAAUAAAUGCAGGAAAUACGUAAUUUUAACAGAUACGAUAAGCAACAUCUUGAGUGUUUCUAAAUCAAACAUGAAAAAGGAAAAAAAAAAAAUAAAUAAAAUUUUUGAUCAGUAUAUUUGUAUUUUAGAAAAAAAAAAGUUUAAGCUUUACAUCGAUUACGACAAAAAGAAAAUAAACUUAAAACCUCAGAUACAUCUAGACUUACACAUAAAUAAGGAUAAAAACGAACAAGUAAUAAAGUUGUCCUUAUCAAAUUUUAACUUUUUUUUUAGCUCUACACUAUUUAUCUUGCUAAACAAUGUAAUGAUUAAUUACUUUUUAACAUACAUUCAGGAGAGUGAAAAAAUGAAUGUCCAUCUAAGUAGAUAUGUUUCUGUUCAAAUAGGUAAAAAUAUUGUACACGCACCAACAAACUUAUUGAACUUUUCAAGUAUGUGCAAUAAACAAAAUGAGAUAAAAAAUGGAUUGUAUAAGUGCGAAAAAAGAAAGGAUAAAAAUGUUAUUAGGUCUCUUGAAAAAUGCAUAAGUAGCGAUGAUAUAAUAGACACUUUAUGCACAUCUAGUAAUGAAAAUAUGCUCGAUGAUACAUAUGUAAACAAUGAAGAUUAUUUUAACAAUUUUUAUAACAAGAAGGAAAACGAACUACAAAAAGAACUUCAAAAGAAAUUUCAGAAACGUCAAAAAGAAUGUCACAAAGAAGAUAUUACUUUAACGAAUAACACUUUUUAUUAUGAUUUAUCAGAGAAUGAAAAAUGCAGGCAUGAUGACAACCAAAUGAGGAUGCUUAAUGAUUGUAGUAAUUCUGAAUACAAUUCCAUUCGAGCUAUAUUGAAUGAUAGUGCACACGAAAAAGCGAACAAACGAUUAUACAAUGAUAUAUAUUAUCCUAACAAAUUAUCAUAUUCUGAAAAGGUAGAAAGCGGAGUUUAUGGGAAUGUUAAAGGACAUACUGAAGAAAAUAAAUGCUUCAAUGAGAGUAGUAUCAUGCACGGAACAACACUGAAUAGUAACCUCUAUGGAAAUGAUAUAAAGAACGAUAACAGAAACGAUAGAAGAGCCGCUAGUGGAAACGCACUUGUAAAGGCAAAAUCAGUUGACACUAACUGCAACAAUUACAGCAGCAUGUACGAAAACAAUAACAAAAAUGCGGUAAAUUUUCCUUCUGUAAAAAUUAAUACCAAGUGUCAGGUUGUUAGAACGGAUGUGUCUUUUGUAAAAGACCUUGAAAAUGUAAAGGAGAAAGAAAAACAUAUUUACGAAAUUAACUUAGGAAAUGAAAAGAUCAAGAAUGGUGACCCUGCUAGCUCAUUUGGUGAUCAUUGCUUAAGUCGCAACAGUUACUAUGAUAAUUUAAGAAAUAACUAUAAUUUUUUUUCUAAUGGGAAAAGCUCAAGGUAUCAGGACAAUCAUUCGGGAGCAAAAAGGGGCAGAAAAUGUAAUGAAGAUAAUCAGUGUAUUUCUGAAGGAUAUGAUAAUGCUUUUACAAAUAAUUUUAAUUAUAUCAUUAAAAAUGCUAGUCGUGUAAGGAGAUACGGUAUUGGUGCUGGUAAUCGUGCCAGUAAUGCUGAAAAAUACAGUAGAGCUUCUAAAAACAGUAAAAAUUUUAGUAGUACUGGGUUUGUCUCUGAAAAGGCAUAUGAUUCAAAAAGAAACAAAUCAGUAGAAAGAAAAAAUGUUAUUAAAGAAAAAUGUCAAAUGAAUAAAGAUGUCAAACUGUUUAUAUGCUCGGAAAAUGUUAAUAUAUGUUAUCUUAUGAACUACCAUAGAUUCAAGUACAUAUAUAAAAAAGAGUACAAAGUUGACGCGUAUAUGAACAAUUACAUAAAUUUUGUUGAUAGCUGUUCUAAUUAUUGCAAAAUGGGAUGGAAAAAAAAAUUUCAAGGGGAACCCAAAAAGGAAGACCAAAACCAGGGGGAACAAUCAAAUUACGAUCAUAUUGGAAUUAUGAACAAAGAUUUGUAUAAUAUAAAUUUCAAUUUUUUAUUUAAAAUCGAAUAUAAAUGUUCCAAAAACAAAAGGAAGACUGUUAACAUGGUUUUUCCUUAUCUUUAUGUUAUACUUAUGAGAAAUUGUAACUAUGUCCUUUCUCAUCUAACAGUAGUGGACAUCAAAUUUAAUGCUGAAAUUUUAUGCGGAAAGAAAAAAAAAAAAAAAAAAAAAAAAAAAAACCAAACUAGAAUUUUGGAAUCUGAAAAUUAUAUACAUCCAAAAAAUAAUAGUAUAACGAAUUGUGAUAAUAGAAUUUUAAAUUAUUUUCCACAGGAAGAACACUUAUAUGACAGGAGUCCAUUACGUGAUAGUAGGGUAUAUGAAAGAAAAGGCACAGUCCAUCAACUUGAAAACAAUGAUCAUGGAAAUUUAAAAAUUGUUUCUAGUGAUUGUUUAGAUGGAAGGAGUAACGCAGAAGAGAAGGAGAAAAGAGAAAAAAAAAUGUUGAAUAGUGGAAUGCAUUAUGUGAAAUCUAAGGAAACUAUGCUUACAGAUAAUAGCGUGAAGAGUAACUACAAGGAUGAUAAAGCGAUUAGCGUCGGUCAUAUGAACCAUCUAAAGAAUAGUUUGUCUAUAAAAAAGCGACUAGGUCAGGUGGUAAGUAGAAGUGGAAACAAUACUUCGUAUAAUACUUGUAACAAUACGGAAGAUGUGAAUGAAGGAAGUGGGAAAAUAUCCUCCAUUGAACUGUCACAUGAAUAUAUAAGCAACGGAUACGAACUUAUUAAUGAGAGUGAAAGGAAUAGUAUUAUGGAAUUAAAGAAUGACAAUACGCAAGUGAGCUCCAUUUAUAAUGAUAAAUACAUAAAGAAGCAAAAGACCUAUCUGGGGUUUUUAUUGAAUUAUAAAAAAAAGAAAAGCAACACAAUACUGAAGGGUGAUGCGUCGUAUGGGGAUAUUGGCAAUGAUGAUAACGGUAAUAAUAAUGGUGAGGAUAAUUACAAUCCUCAAAAAAAAAAAAGCAUUGUGAAUAGCUUCAGUUUAUCCGUUAAUUUGAUGGGUAAAAAAAAUAAUUACUCAAAAAGGAUAUUUAAAAAAGAAAAAAAUGGUAGGUCUCUUAGUGUUGUUAAUGUGGUAUCGCCUAAUAACAAAACGAAAGAGGUAAAAAACUGGAAUAGUAAUACCAUGGAUGCAUUUCAUAUGAACAAUGAUAUUAAUAACACUAAAACUUACGACCUUCAAAGUAUAAAAAUAGAGGACUCAAGUACACAUGGGAGUAGAUAUGUUUCAGCUUUUGAUGAACAAAAGGAUGCUCGAAGUUUUACGUACGAAAGUGAUGAUAACUUUAUGAGUUUUAGCAGACAGAGUAGUAAGCAUGAUUUUGUUAAAGAUAGCAAGAAUUUCGUAAAUGUUAAUAAAAGGUGGAUUCCAGGAAAAGAGAAAUGCAAAAACGAAUUAAAUAAUAGGAAGAGAAUGAUUAUGAUUAAUGAAAAAAAGAAAUUACCAAAAAAGAAAAAGAGGAAAAAAUCUACUCAAAAAGAAGCGAAUAAAGUGGAGUCAUGGAAAUUAUCAUGUUGCACCUUGUCUGUAUAUAAUAUAAACCUUUUUAGUUGCAUAUAUUUGCGAAAAUUUAAAAGGGGUGCAGGAGGAGGAGGUCAAAGCCUUAUACAACCAUUAAUAUAUAAUUACAAAUAUUCAAAUAAUAUAAAUUCAUAUCAUAUAAGUAAUAAUGAUAAGGAUUAUAACACUUCUUCUAUGAAAAACAACUUUGAAAAAUGUGCCAAUCAAAAAAAUUUUAAAUAUAAGAAUUUUAUAAAGUAUAAUUAUGUAGUUGAAAAGGAGUUAAAAAUGUUAGAAUACAUUAAUCAGUUAUACAACUUAGAAUGGUUUAAUAAAUUUAAUGUUCAUCAUUUGUAUAAUAUCCAUAAAACUCACUCAGAUUUUUCCGAUUUCAUGAAAUUAAAUAAAAGGAAUAAAAAUUGUAAUAGUACAAUCGUAUGCUGCUAUAUACCUAUCUUUUAUAAAAAAGUUUCUUUAAUAUACAGAAAUAUUUAUAAGUUCUUAUUAUUAACGAAGUACUAUGAAAGUAUAUCCUACUUUACUAAGUUGUCUAAAAAAAAAAGUCCGGUAAAAAAUGUACUUGGAAAAAAGGAAAAUCGUAUGCGGAAUGAAGACUGUAACAGCUAUUUGCGUAAAAUAAGUAGUAGAGGAAAAGAGAAGAGGAGUCAUAAAAAAAGAAUAAAAAGCUCUAGUAAAGGUGGUACCAGUAGUAAAAAAAAGGAUGCACUUAUGAAUCUAUAUAUUGAACAGAAAAUUGAAAAAAGUAAAAUGGAUAGAAAAAAUUCAAAUUGUCGAAGGAGUAUGGGGUAUGUUCAGAGAAAAAAGGGUAAAAGUAGUGAAAACAGCAACUUAAACAACAGGAGUGGUAAUAAAAAUAAUGGUAAUAAUAAUAACAAUAAUAAUGAUCGAAAUAUCAAUAACAAGUGCAGUAACAACAACAAUAAUAAAAAUUAUCGCGAACUAAAUCAACAAGACAAUACGAAGGAUUGUUUAGAAGAGAACAAAACUAGUAAAAGGAAAUAUCAGAAUUUGUUUUACACAGUAGAGGAAAAGUUUAAGGAUAACAUAGGCAAUACAGAUAGUGAACACAUUUGUGAUAGUGGCACACACAUUUUUUUAAAAGGAGAUGGUUGUGAGGUUGCUAACCAUAGUGAAAGUUAUUUAUUUGAGCAUAAUAGGAAGAUGUACCCUGAGGAGAGUGAGUUACUGUACAAUAACAAUAUUAAUAACUUUAACAAUUACUUAUUAUAUAGAAAGGAUUUUUUAAAAUAUAGCUCUUGGAAGGAAAAUCAUAUUUAUGUAUCAUUAAAAGAUGUCAAGUUAUAUGAACACAUUAAUAAAGAAAAACAAAAGAAAGAAAAAAAGAAAAAAUGUUUCAAUUUCUACAUUCACAUUUAUUCGUCCGGUAUAAACGUGGAACCGUAUUUUAUAUCCACAUGUAAUUUUUAUUUAAUUAAUAAUUUGAAUAAAAAUUUAAUUUUGUAUGAUAUAAAAGAAACGAAAGAUUAUAUUAAUCACAAAUAUAAACAGAUGAAGUAUUAUUAUAGUCUAAUUAGUAGACGUAGGAACAUUAACAUAUGUUCAGAGCACGAUAAUAGGAAGCCAAGUUAUGACGGUGUUAAUGACAAAGAAAUAAGUAAAUCAACAGCUAAUAAACAGAAUAAUGUAAAAGACUAUAAAAAAAAUAGAAGAUAUAUGAGAGAUCGUUAUAGUUGUACUUCUAACAGAAACAAUGAUGAUCAUGGUAAAGGAGAGGAGGAAGCAUUUUCUUCUAUCUCAUCGAAGGGAUACAAGCUAUACAGACUUAUGAAUGUCCUUAACAGUAUGUCCACAAAAAUUGAAGAAAAAUUAAAAAACAAUAAAGUUGUAAUUAACGUUGACAUUAGCAAUAUAGAUAUAAACAUCGUUGAUUGUUCAUAUAUUUAUGAAAGUAAUUAUUUAUUAAUAGAUCACAUUCAUCCAUUUUAUAAUAAUGAGUAUAUUUAUCUAUCAAAAGAACAGUAUGAAAGAAUUAAAAAGAGAAGUGGAAGCAACUCUAACGACUUUUCUAACUUCGAAUCGGUAGAACGUAAACAUUUUUCAACUACUAUAAAUAAACUGAUUUUCAGCAGAUUCACAAAUUACUGUGAGGAUAAUUCAUUUUACAUUAUUUCUAUUAAUGAGGAAAAAAUAAAAAGGGUUUCAGUUCGGUUAUAUCUUACUGUCUUAUGUAAUAAUAGUUGUAAAUAUGAAAAUGUGAAUGAUGUUUUAAAUGUUUUUAUAUAUAAUUCUAGAAUUAAAUUUUCCAGUCUCAAAUUAGAAAACAUAAAAAACAUUACUAAAAAGAGUACAAGAUAUAGUAUAGAACAUAUUUUAGAAGAAAUGAAUGAAUAUGAGAUAGAUACAAAAAAGGAAAAACAUAAAAAUAAUACGAGCAAAAUGACAAGUACUAGUUUGUAUCAUAUAUAUAAGCAGAUCUCUAAUAAUUAUAAGGAUAAGUUAAAUGCAUAUAAUUCUUUAUACACUGGAAAUUUUUUUCCUAGAAGGGAAGAAAAACUACAUAAUAAGAUGUUAAAAGGUAUUAACGAUGUGAAUAAUUCUAACUAUUUCAAUGACACUUUCAUAAAAGAUAGAACUAUGCACGCAUCCUUUUCCACAACAUCAUCUAUAUCAUCUUCCAUGAAUUUUUCUUCCUCCAUCAGUUCACUAUUUUCAUACAAUUCAAAAUUAGUGGAUACGAAAAAUGAAAUCAUUAGAAAUGUAGAAAAAAGAAGAAGACAUAGCACAACUCAUAGAUAUGUCAAUGCGUUGAACAGAUAUAAAUUGAACGACGAUAUGUAUAUAAUGAAAAAAAAACAUAAGAAGGAACGCAACAGUUAUUCUGACAGUAUAUAUACGCAAAAUUCUAUAUGGUUAAGGAGACCUUAUGUAAAUGGUUUGAAUGAAAAAUAUAAAAGUUUUCUGAACUCUAUAUCGAAGAGUAGACAUGACAUAGAUGAAUAUAUAAAAAAGGAUAAUGAUAAAAAGAAGAGAAAAAUGAACACUCGAUUUUAUAAUUACAUUAAAAGGAUAUAUAACAAUAUAUCAUUAAAAAUUAAUAGGUGUAAAUUAGUUUUAAAUAAUAUUGUUGAAAAUAUUAAAUGGUGCAUUAAUAUGGAUAAUUUUGCUCUUUUUUUCCCUUCGUUUAAUAAGGGGUUUAAACUUUCCUUAUAUGUAAAUAGGUUAAUUAUUUAUGAUUACAAUAAAAUAAAUAUAUGCAAUAAUAUUUCUCCAUUCCGAUUAUUUUUAAAAAGUAAUGCUCAAAGGAAGUAUAUACAGUUAUGUGACAAAAUAGUAAAUACGUAUACCUAUCUGCAUUUAAAUAAAAACAUGUUUCGAGGAAAUAUAAAAAGAAGAAUUCAUUUAGAAAAGCUUCAAAAUGAAAUAUAUAAUAAUCAAUUUUAUCUGAUUGCAAAUGAAAAUGUGAAAUAUAUUGAUAUGGCUGUGGAUAUAAAAAAUACAAGAUUUACACUACAUAAUCAAACAAUAAUGGACCUAAUAGAUUAUUUUACUGAUUUAUCAAAAAGCAUUUUUUCCUUUUUGCAUGUAUAUUCUAUAUAUCCUGAAAUAUAUUUCGACGAUUUUUCUUAUCUAAAUUCAUGCUUAAAUGUUGAUAAUUUUAAAAAGGGGUUAAUAUUACAUAACAGCCUUCUGACGAAUUAUAUAGGAAUGUGUAAAAAUGGAAAGUGUGAACAAAAUAGGGAUUUUGAUAUCGCAGCUUUGAUUAAUAAGAAAAAGAACGAGAUGCAGCAAAAGUUGAAGGGGGAAAAGUUAACGAAGGAAAGGGAAAAAAAAAGGAUAUCUUCAUUUAUGAGCGAAGAAAACCUAGUUCAGUUUAUUGGUCAUGAAUAUGAUGAAUCGGAUUGUUGCGAAAAACAAGAAUACAAAGGCAACAGUAUAAACAAUUUAUACCUUGUAGAGGAUAUACUAGACAAUGGAUACUAUAAAAAUUGUAAUUCAUUACCAAAAGGAAGGAAACCAAAUGAAGACAGUGAAUAUUCAAAUACUUUAAGUACCAUAAACUCCUUAUUGGAAAAAUUAGUUUGUUAUAAAAAUAAAUUAAAUUAUAAAUAUUUAAUUAUGAAUAAAUUUGAGUACCAUACAGUGGUAAAUAAAUCAUUAAAAGAAUUAAGUGAUAGGAAUUUCUAUUUCUUAGCAUUUAUAAAUAAUGAUUUACUUUUUUUUUUAUAUUUCUAUACAAAGUAUAGAACAAUGCUAAAUUACGUAUCUAAAGAGAAGGUAUAUAUUCUCAAUUCCAAUUACUCUUAUUCUGUUAAAAAAAUUAAAUUUCAUAAACUAAUAAAUACAAAUAAAAUAUAUGAAAAUUUAACAAGUAAAAAAAAAUUUAUUAAUGCUAGUAAUCCCAGUUUAAGCAGAAGGUACAAUGAGAGGGAACAAAUAAAAGUCUCUACGUCAAUGAUAAAGGAAAAGAAAAAAAGAAAAAAAAGGAAAAAAAAAAUAAGUAAUAUGAAAAGAUAUAAUAUACUAAACAGUUUUAUACAUGACAAAAACGCUGAACAUAAAAAUGACAAAAAGGGGUAUUCGGUAAACGAGCGCAACCUGGGAACAUUACGAAGUAGAAUUGCUUUUACACAUAAUAAAAGCAAGAAAACAAAGAAGAACGAUUUGGCAUUACAUCAGAUAGACAAUCUCAGGGUUGAGAAAAGCAAUAGAGAAGAGCACACGAAUUAUGUUGGUUUUAAGAAUGAGUCUGAGCAAAUAGUAUCAAGCAGUUUUGUUAGCCUAAAAAAUGAUAAGAAUGGGCUUACAAAAACGGGAUAUCUCCAUCAAGAUCAACUGAACAACGAUUUGGUUAGUAGUAAGAAAAAAAAAGAGAAUAGUGAUGAAGAGGUGGAUGAAAAUAAAGGGUUGUCUAGAAAAAUAAAAACUACUAUUCAAAAGUUUUUUACAAGAAAAUUAUCAUCACAUGUACUAGGAAAUAAAAAGAAAGAUGUAAAAGGGAAAAAAGAAAACGUUUAUAGUACUUCUACGAAUUUGCUUUUUCCUGAUUAUAAUAAAGUCUCACAUAGAAGGAAGGAUAAACUUGAAAUAAAUUCAUCAAACGAUAAUUUAAUUUCCUUCAGGAGUGUAAAUAAUUUCUGCAAUAAAUAUAUAAAUUUGAAGAUGAAAAUAAAUCUACUUGAAAUUUGGGUUAUUCAGGAUGAUUUAUUAAGCUACGAUAAUGAAAAUAAGCGAAAUGUGAAAAUGAGCUACCUUUUAAAAAAAAAAAUAAAUAAUAAUAAUAAUAGUAGUAGCUUUUAUAAUAACCGUAACCUUUUUUUUGAUUCUGCUCUGGAUAAUACCUUGUUAACGAAAGAAAGAGAAAAAAAAAUCAGACAAAUGAAGAAAAGCACAAAUGCGGUAAGCACUUUACAUAGUGAUGAGAAGUACUCUGAAAUUAUGAAGACAGCAAAAAAGUUAAAUAUAAAAUCAUUUAGCUCUAGUAAUUCAGGAAGUAAAUUAAACAUUUUGAACAUUUUAGAAAAAUCUAAGAAUUAUAAUAAUAUAUAUAUGAAUAAAAAAAUAAACAAGCAGAUUUUUUAUAUGGCAAGGAAAAAUGUAUAUACGAAUGAUGAUAACUAUUUGAAUGAAAACUUAAGAGGUGCAGUUAAGAAGAGUAAAAAUAGUUUAAAAGGUAAGGAAGAGGAUAUGAAGGAGGACGAAAAGAAUGAGGAUAAACAUGAGGCUAAUUCUAAUAUGUGUAAUACAUUUAAUUCGGUAAGUUUAUUUCAGUCGUCCUUGUCUAGCCAUUGUGCUUCCAGCAGUGCUUCUAGUAGUGUUCCUAUCAAUGAUCUCAGUAAAUCCCUUAGCAAGAAUGAUACAACAUUAUUCUCCUUUUUGGGUAAUACUAACAGUAGUGUGAAUAUUUAUUAUGAUAGGUAUAUUGGAGAAAAUGAUCUUUUAAAAGAUAUAGAAAAUCGGAAAAAAAAAAAAUGGAAUAAAUAUAGAAAAUGGAGGAAGAGAGAAGGCAAAAAGAGGCAUAUCAGAGACAGCAAUAGAAACAUUUGUUUAUCUGUGAUAUUUAGCAUAAAUUCGCAUUUUAGAGAAAAGAAAAGUAUUGAAUUGUCUAGGUUUAAAAUGGAAAUGAAAAAUUUAAAUAUUAUAUUAGGAAAAUGCUUUAAUUUUAGAGAAAUAUAUGAUGAACUUAAAUCUUAUAAAAGUAAUAAUAAUUUUAAGGUCCCUUUGCAUAAAAAUAACUCCACAAUUAUAGAUUUAAAUCGUAUGAACAGUAGUAGUAUUUUUAACUCAAAAAAUUAUUAUUUUAAGAAUAGCUACACUAAUGUGGGACAUGGUAUUUUAAAGAAAGAGCUUGAAUCAGAUUUUUAUGACAACAUAAAUUUUUAUAAUAUAUAUUACAAUGAAAUGAAGAAUAUAGAACUUGUUAGAAAAAUGAUGAAAAGUAAAAAAAUGAGGAAAUAUCGUAGCAACUUUGAUAAUAACGAUUUUGACGAAUAUCACGAUAUAUGUAAUUCUCACUUGGAUAGCAGCGAUGAAAAUGACAGCAAUAAUAAGAAUGAUCUGAAUAAUCAUUUUGAUAAAGUAAGGAAAAACAUAACUUUUGGCUCUAUUAAGGAAGGAGAGCCAUUAUCUGAGCAUAAUAAUGAAGUGCGUAAUUAUAGCUCCUACAUGAGCAGACAAAGAAAUGAAGAUGACAAUAAAGAUUUUUCUAAACAAGGUAAGAAUAUAAAAAAUUUAAACACGUUUGGAAGCAGGUGUGCUAGAAGAUAUGAUAACAUGUAUGGUGGAAGGUAUGGUAGCGGGAAUGAUAGCAGGUAUGAUAAGAGGCAUGACAGCAGGUGCGAUAAUCUGUUUUUCCUGACAUAUAAGAACAGAAUGAAAUAUAAAGAUAAGUAUAACAUAUUUUUAAAUCGAAACAAUACCAUAUUUACUCCUAACAUUAGGGAUGAGAAUAACUGGUUAAUGAACAUAAAUAGUAUAUAUUUAAAUAUCAAUUGUUUAAGUGUCAAAAAAUCAUGUAAAUUUAUAUUUCAAGAAAUACUAUUUAAUAUCACAAUAGAUAGUAUGAAAGAAUUAUACAAAUUAUACAAUAAUUUUAGUUAUAAUAUUUACUAUGCUCGUUUUUACAAAAGCUAUUUUUCUUUUAUUAGCAAUAUAUAUAUUCUACCCUUUUUGCAUUACAACAAAUAUAAUGUUGAGAAGUCCAAUGAAAAAUUGAAGUUAAGUAAUGUGUACGUAAAUAGCAUGAAUAAAUUGAAAUGUCUAAAUAGAUAUAUGCUUUAUAACAAAUUAAGAAUAGUAAAAAAUAGAAAUGCGAAAAAAAGGAAAAGAUUGACUCGAAAAAAUUAUAAGGAGAACCAUCCCGAUUUUCACAUAAGCUGUUCCAACAGUGAAAUUGAAGAUGUAAAGUAUAUGGACAUCAUAGGAACAAAAUUUUUAGAGAGAAAAAACGAUACAGCACAAUACUAUAAAUCAGAGGGUACAUCUCAAAAUAAUAAUGAGAGUGAUAACAAAAUGGAGGAAAGGAAAUACAUGUCAGGAAAAAGAAGCAAGAAAAACGAUAACAAAUACAUCUCUUUUAAUAACAAAAAUGAGGUUGUCAACAUUGUAGAUGACAAAGAAGGAAAAGAAGGAGCAAAUAGUGAGGCUGAAGGAAGUGUAUACAACUUGAUAAAGGAAAAGACAAUUCAUGUUGGAAAUUUUCAGGAAAACUAUUACAUACAUAAUGAUAUAACUACAGUGUACAACAUUCGUAAGAAUUUUUUAAUUAAGAAUUAUAAUAUAUAUAAAAACUUGCUUGAGAGUUAUUCGAAGCUGCAAGCAUUCAAUGAUAUAGAAAAUAAGAAUAAGAGAUAUGGUGAACUAAUUCGUAAUUUAAAGGAAAGGGUAGUACAAAUUGAAUUAUAUAAAGAAGACCUAUAUUAUUUAUAUAGUCAGCUAUUUUCAGUAAUUAGAAAUAUUAAUAAUGAAAAAAAUAUUAUUUGUCAUGGUCUUAUCUUUUUUAAAAUACUAAACUGUUUUUACACAUAUUGUAAUAAUUAUGUGGCUAAUUUAUUUUAUUAUUUAUUUGUUUUCUCAAAAUAUAAUAAAUUUGCAUAUUACCUAUGCAAUAUUCAGAAACAUUUCGAUUAUAAAUAUUUCAAUUAUUUUACGAAAAAUUUAGUGAACAUAUAUAUGCUUCAAACUAAUGAUAUGCUCGAUAACAAACACAAGAAUGGUAGAAGCUACAAUUAUAACGAUAAAUGCUACACAUUAAAUGAUAUUAGUAAAGACGAAAUGUGCAAUAAUAUAGCAGCAGUAAAUAGCAGUGUUAACAAUCUUAUUAUGAAUGAAGAUCUUUCCUUACAAAAAGAGAUAAAUGAUAAUAUAAAGAAAGAGGAAAUGCUUAAGGAAAAUGGAGUUACUAAGAAAAAGAACUUAUCAUGCUUCUUAAUAUCGACACUACUGUAUUUAUAUAAGCCAUAUAUGUACACAUAUAGGAAAACUAUAGACAAGACAAGUAGAAAUAAAGAGGCAGUACCCAAGAAUUUGAAGGAAAAAAAAAUAUAUCAUUCCUUAUUAGAAGAAGAGGACAUAUUAAUGCAUGAGGUAAAUAUAAAAUAUAAUGAUUAUAAUCUAUUUUGUAAUAGAAGAAAUAUGAAGGAAAAAGAAAAAAAAAAAUCGCAAAUAGGAGUUAUUUACACUGAAACAAGCUCGGACUUAAACGAAAUGUACAGUAUAAGCAAUGGAAUGGAAAAUAAGAGGCUAGCAAAUAUUGAGUGUAUCAAUUCAAAUAGAUAUAAUGAUAGAAGAGAAAAGGAACUAAAGAGACCGUAUUUGUGCAAUAAGAAAGGAAUAAAAAUAAAAAUAAAAUUUCGUAUAAAUAAUAUAUGCCUUAAGAUACAUCAAUUAAAUAAAGAAAAUAUAUUAACAUUAAAUCUGUUUGAUUUAAAUUAUUAUUUAUUUACAUGUCUUUAUAAAUAUCAUUUUUUUUUCUACAACUCAAAUGAGUAUGUUAGUUUUUUGUUAAAUAAAAGAGUUGAACAAGUAAAUAUUGAGGAUGCGCAUUCAGUUAGUCCAAAAAAUGAAGUGUACAGAAAUGCAAAUAGUAACGUAUGUAUGGAAAAAACGUGGUAUGAAUAUUCAGAUGAAGAAACAUUUACAGAAAAUAAUUUUAAUAAAUGGGAUAGAAAAAGAAAAGAAGUAAAUAAUGCUAACUUAAUUAAGAUGAAUUUAACAUUUAAGUUAUGUUUAAAAACAUAUGAUAAUAUGUACAAUAUAGAAGAUAAUAUUAUUAAUCCAAUAACCUUUUAUUUCUCAAUAUAUGAACAGUUCAGAUAUUUCCCUAUUUUACAUGUUCAUUUUUACACCACCAGCAUAAAUCUAAAUGUAACAACAUCAUUUUUGUAUUUAUAUAAAUAUCUUUUUGCAAAUUUAAAUUUUAAAAAGGAUUUUAAUGAUGUCAAAAACACGAAUAUUGAAAUUUAUAAUGACCUUCAUUCAGAAAUUAUUAUAUUUUAUAAAACUAGAAUAAAGAAUAAUAACUACUCUUGGAAAAUAAAUAUUAUAAAUAAAAAUGAGUACUAUCAGUUCCCUUGCGAAUGCUUAUAUUUUUGUAUUAAUAAAAAGAAAGAAAAAAAGAAAAAUAACUCCGAUUUUUAUGGCACAAAUAAAAGCUCUGAAGAUUUUAUAAUUGCUAACGAACAUGAUUUAAAUAAUAUAUUUAAGGACAUUAGUAAAAUAGGAUUCAAAAGAAAAAAUAUUUAUAAUUCAGUAGCUAAAGAGGAAAAACAUUUACUAUAUGAUAAUACUCAGAGUGUGUAUGAUAUUUUGUAUCAGUUUACGUAUAAAAUGCCCUUUCUUUAUAAAAACUACGAUAAUGAUAAUAAAAUUAUAAACAUAAUUAAGAAAAAGCCUUCAUGGAUAUACAUAGGAGUACUCUAUACGGAUGAUCUGUACUCGAGGGCCUACAAAAUUCCCAAUGUGAAACACAAUUUGCUAGUCGAACCGGAGAUAAUACAAAAUAAAUGGUGUCUUUCUAUAGGUACGUGCAUACAAAUAGAAAAUAACUCAGGUAUAUGUUUCAGAAUUUAUAAGGAGGGGAAAACAAAAUACUUUUCUAGCGUUAAAUUCAAAUGGGGGUUACGGAAAAGCAAAAAAUCAAAUACGAGGAAUUAUUUGACAUGGGACGAAAGUGAAGAAGGAAGAACUAGAAAUAGGAGGGGAGUAAAAAAAAAUAGAAUAAAUUUAAAAAGCCAUAAUAAUAAUAAUAAGAAUUUUAUGCCUUAUAUUGAAAAAAGAAAUAAAAGAAAAGAUAAAUUAGCAGAUACAGAUUUUAUAAACAUAUUACCAUUCAGUAAAAGAGCUAUACCAUUAUUUUGGUUGUAUGAUUAUACUUUACCAUAUAUAAAAAUUUUAAGGAAAAAGGAAAAAAAAUAUAGCAUAAAUAAUUUAGGAAAUAAAUAUAAUAAAGAAGAAAAUUUAGACAUUGAGGCAAUUCCAUUUUACAUGUUAUACAAGCUUUUAAAUAAAUAUGCAUUAAAUAAUAAUAACAUAUAUCAAAAGAAAUUAAAUAUAUCUCCAUCUGAAUUAGUUUUUAAAAGUUUACUUAUGUUCUAUUGUUAUGUUAUUGUGAAAGAUGUUCCCACUCAACAUAUAAAAGAAACUUCAUACAAUUAUACACUGGUAAUAGAACCGAUGGUUACUAUUAGAAACAAUUUACCAAAUCCUAUAACUGUUAUAGUUAGAUUGAAAAAGGAAAAAAGUUUAUUUAAAAUAAAUAAUAAAAAUAACUAUGAAGACAAAAUGGAAGAGAAAAUGUUUCGGAAUAGUAAUUUUGAAAUGAAUGAUGAUAUAACAAAAAUUUUAAAAAAAGAAGAAUUAUAUGCUCUAGUCCCUCCUCAUCAUUAUUGGUGUUUGCCUAUAUCUACCCAAGCAUUUUACAUGAAAGUUUUUUACCAUGGUCUACAAAUAGAAAAGAUGAAUUUCAUUUGUGACUAUGCCAAUGAAGUAAAGGGUUAUUUUGAUUAUAAGGACGUGAAACUUCCCGAUUUGAAUGAGCUAUUUUAUCGUACUAACAUUAAUAAGGCGAUUAGUAAUGACGACAGCAGUAACAACAUUAACAGUAAUAAUUCUAAUACUGUUAACAAUAGCAACAAUAGCAACUCCAAUAAUAAUAUUAAUAUUCAUACCAUUGCCGCUAGUAAUAAUAAUAUUAGCUGUGGAAAUGGCAAUAAUAGUAACAAUAAAGACAGUGACAAUGGAGGGCAUAUAAAGGCGGCAAAUGAGCUCUCAACUUCUAUGGAGGAGCGUAGAAAAAAUAUAAACUAUGCGCAGUACAAAAAUAAAUCAGUGUCGAAUAUAAACAGAAAGAGCAAUCUAAUGUAUGAAGAAAUAAUAAAUGAACUUGAGCAAAAUGAAAAAAUUGGCAACCGAAGCAGUAGUAUUAGCAGUAGUAGUAGUAUACGUACGAGAAGCUUGUAUUAUAACUUAUAUAAUAUAUGUCGCUUUGAUGCAAAUUGCCGGAAUAGUCGUCAAAAUAAGCACAAUUUUACACAUAAUUUCUUGUAUGCUACAGAAGAUUUUUUCCCUAUUUAUAUGCCAUCUAGUGAUAUGAUUACAUCAACAAAGGUACUAAAUCAUAAAUGUGGUUUAAUUGGUAGUAUUUUCUCUUAUGAUGAAUUAAAAUUUAUUUAUUUUGAAAAUAAAAUUAAUCAAAUGAAUAAAAAAAUACAUGAUAAUUUAUAUAUUUUUAAAACUAUUACUGUGUCAGCUGACGUUUCAAGGAGAAAAAUAGACUUUUAUUUCCCUUUCUUUUUUGAAAAUACAACAGAUGUGUGUAUUUAUAUAAAUAGCAAAUUGUUACCACCAAAUAGCCGUUUAUAUAUGACAGAAGAAGAGGCAAAAAGUGUUAGGAUAAAAUCGUAUAAACACGAUUAUAUGAAUAAUAAAAUAUUAUGUAGUAACGUUAGUAGUAAAAUUGAUUGUACUAAAACGAAUAUGAUACGGCCACUAAUCAAUUUAAUAUAUAGAAAAAUAAAUAGAAAACAAAAGGUAAGAUUCUGGGAAAAAUAUGAUGAAAAGAAAAAAAAAUGCAGUGAUGUAGCUAAUCCUAUGAAUAUUGAGGAGCAGGGACCCACCAAUACUACGUGUAAAGUAGAUAAGAAAAGAACACAUAGCUUCAAAUUGAAAGAGUUAAAAGAUGUGAAAAGUGAAAAAAUAAAAAAGCAAGAUGAGGAAGGUAAGGAUGAUAAGGAGGGUGGAAAAGAUAAGGAAGAUAGAAACAAUAAGGAAGAUAGACACGAUAAUGAAGAUAGAAACAAUAAGGAAGAUGGGGAAGAACGUUUAAUCAACCUAUACAGUAAUCAGUUAAAUAAAAAUGGCACAUAUAAAACUACUAAUUAUUUUAAAAGUUGUAUAAUAAACGAAGAAAGUAAGGAAGAAAAGUAUAAUAUUCAAUUGGAUACUAUUCCAAAAGUGCAUGUUGAAAAAAUUGAUGAAUCCGUGCGUUCAGAUAAUUUAAAUGAUUCCUAUUAUAAAAGUGUUAACAAAAAUGAUUUAUAUUAUUGCACUUCUAAAUUAUCGGAGUUUUCAAUUUAUGUAAAUGAGGAAAAGAAGGGUAAUGUCAAAACUCUGAGAGUUCACAAACCAUAUAAAAAUGUAUUUAAGAAUUUUUUAAUGAGCAAAAAAUCGUUAUUUAAAGGAAAGAAACAAAUGAAUGAAAAAACAUUAAGAGCAUACACUAAUAUCAUAAAAAUGAAGAAAUUUCGGUUAUUUAAAAAACAUAGAGAAACAGAUAAGAUGAAUGAAAUACGAGAAGGUGACGAUUUCUUUGAAGAUAUGGAUGAUCAGGACAGAUAUGAAAGAAAUGACGAGUCUGCUGACAGUGGCUCCUAUUAUGGAGAUAAUAAUGACAAGUUGGGGGAAACCCCAAGUAGGGAGAAGGGUACGUAUAGCAUGAAUAGAGGAAAGAAUAGUCGAAGGAAUGGUGGCAAGAGUAGAGGACGAAAUAACAGCAAAUAUAGCGGUAGAGCGAAGAGUAGAAAGAACUACUUUGGGAAGAACUUGUAUUCGCUUGACAAGUAUAGGAAAAAAUAUUUUAGUAAAGAAAAGAACACAUCUAAAAGAAGUAUAAAUGAUUCUAUGUCGUCGGAAAAUGAAAACGCCCUUGAGAAAAUUUCCUCAUCCCAGUUAAGCUUAAGCAUUUUUAAUCUGUUUAAAGAAGAGGACGAAAUUAUAAACGAUGAAGUAUAUGUUGAGGAUGCUUCAUAUGAAAAUACAAAUGUACAGAAUGAAAUAGACAAGGACGAUGAUGGUGAUAAUAUAAAUAAUAUUCGUCAAAAAGAAUUAUUUUCCCAUGAUAGUAUUAUGAAUUUUAACUUAAUUAAGAAGAAAAAGAAGGAAAUGAAAAAAAAAUACAGAAAAAGAGGGCACUACACUAGAAGUAAUGACAAAAAAAAAAAAUAUUUUAAAAAAAGCAGAUUUCAAAUUACACCUUUCUUUAGGUCCAUUUCUAAUGGGGACAAUUCUGGAGGUAGGAAAAAUUAUGACAUUGAUCCUAUAUCACUAAUGAGUAAUUCGAGAAGAAACAAAUUAAAUUCGAAUUAUUAUAAUAUGCAUGAAAGUUCAACAGAUAGUAGGAAUUCCAAUAAACGCCAAAAAGAAGAGAAAUCAUAUGUUAGUACAAGAGAUGGGCGCAUUAAUAGGUCCAGAGUGGCUUUUUAUGAAAGCGAAUUAGCUCCUAUUCGGAAUAAAGAAGUUUCAAAAGAGAAAGAAGCACAAGUAGAAACAAGAGCUCAUAUAGAAAUAGAUGGAGAGGACGUAGGACGUUACAGAGCUAGUUACAAAUUAGGCAAUGGAGUAGGUGACAAAGAAAAAGAACAACAGAUGAAAAGCAAAGCGUCAUUUAGAGAUCUAUCAAGGUACAAAAUGGAAAGAAGAAAAUCCAGAAUAAAAAAGAAGGAUUAUUAUGAAGGAGGUUUCUUGUCUUUAGGUAUCUGUGUGAGAUAUGCAGAAGAACCAUUUAACAAAUCUAAGAUUGUAACUUUCGUAAAUAGCUAUAUAUUUAUAAAUAGGUUACCUUUUGACAUUAAGAUUGUUACUGACUCGGUCAGAAAAUUUGGAAGUAUUUUUAUGAAUCAAAACAUGGCCAAUAAUAUAGAGCUAAAUAAUGCAUAUAAGGAAAUGCUUCCAAUUGAUAGGAGAAAUAUAAAUAAAAAUAUGAAUGGUAUUACGUCAUUAAGUCCUGUAUCUGUAAAUAAAGAGAUAUCUGGAAUGAUGAAUUAUGAUGGAACUAAUGACACGAAGGGAAAUUAUAAAAGUGAAAAUAUGAAGAGUAAAAAGUCGAAUAGUGAAAAUUCGAAGGAACAGAACGGAGAUAUAGAAUCACACAAAAUGAGUGAUGUCAAAAUAGAGAAUACUAUUAGUAGUGUUAAUAAUAUAAAAGCGUCAAACAUGAGCAAUAAGAGCUUUACCGAAAAUAUAUUAGGUAUCGAAGGUGAUACCAGUUUUAGUAAAAAUAAAAUCCCUGGAAAUUGCGAACACAUCAAAGCGGAAAAUUGGGAGACAAGUCAACUGGCCCUUCAUGUUAGGAAUAGUAACAGUAACAAUAAUAUCGGAAAUAACAAUACUUACAUUAGCAGUAACACGAAGAAGGAUGACUCUACCAAAAAUGUUUGCAAAAAAAACGAAACGUACAUUAGAAGCGGAGAAAUAACCUCUUUCCACUAUCACAGGAAUUACAUAAAAAUAAAGGACAUUAAUGAGGACUAUAGUUCAUUACCUUUUUCUUUGAUUCCAAAAAGUGUGCCUUCGAAUUUUCAAAUAGAAUUGUUUAAUAUAAAUAAAUCUCAAAUAAAUAAUACAAAUAAUUUAUUAGUAGAGAUUAAUGUGUGCAGUGGUAUAUUCGGAGAUAAACAACAAUUGCCAUAUACAUAUAAUGGUUAUUUUUAUAUCCUUAGUCUACCCGUUAGACCUCAAUUUGAAAUAAUUAAUGCAACUAAAUUUAUUAUAGCAUACACAACGGAUGUGAAUAAAUAUACGAAAAAAUAUAUGAAUAAUAACUAUAAUAAUUAUUUGAACAGAAGUAGUAAAAAUGGGGAUUUCUCCGUAAAAAUGAUUUAUCCUUAUAGUUCUAUUUAUUAUACUUUAAGACAUAACAAUGAGAUUGAAUCAUCAAAAAUUGCUUUAAAAAUUGUGGGUGUUCAGAAAAGUUCUUGGUGUGUUAAUUCUAUUAAUUCCUUUAUUGAUAAUGUCGUUGUUUUACCUUAUAGGGUAUAUGGGGACAAGGGUUUGUCCUUUUCUGAAAAUAGGAACUGUGCAAGGAAUAAUUAUAAUUAUAUUAGCAGUUACAAUAAUUGCAACGAUCGCAACAAUUACAAUGAUAACAACAGUUACAACGAUUUCAGAUAUUACAAUGAAUUCCGUAAUUACGGUAAUAAUAAUUAUAAUAAUUAUUAUUAUAAUAUUAAUAAUAAUAAUAAUAAUAAUAAUAAUAAUAAUAAUAAUAAUAAUAAUAAUAAUAAUAAUAAUAAUAAUAAUAAUAAUAAUAAUAAUAAUAAUAAUAAUAAUAAUAAUAAUAAUAAUAAUAAUAAUAAUAAUAAUAAUAAUAAUAAUAAUAAUAAUAAUAAUAAUAAUAAUAAUAAUAAUAAUAAUAAUAAUAAUAAUAAUGAUAAAAAUAUUGAUAGACAUUUUUUAAAAAGUUCAAGGAGAGGAAACAGGGGAAAUAAGGACCUAUUUGAUGAAAUCAAUUCAAAUAAUAGUAGCAUGGAGGCAGAUAAUGAUAGCCAUAUAUAUUUGGAAGAAAAUGGAAGAAAGGAAAAGAUGGAAAAAGAUAGCAUUUUCCUAGGCCAUAAUUUAGUAAAUAAGAAAUUAUACUCCUUCUUAAUUAUAAGAGAUAACGGAAGUAGAGCUAUUGUUAUUACUGAAAAAUAUAAACUAGCUAGAAAAAUAGUCAGUACAAAAAAUUUUAGUAAAAUUCAUAAAUUGUUAGCAUUAAAUAGUAGAAAGAAAAUACUAUUAUCUAAGAAAAAUAGUAAUAAGAAAUAUAUGUUAGAUUAUAAAAAAAUGAAUUAUAUAUAUUUCAAUUUUCCUAACAUACCUGUCAUAUAUAAAAUGAACAUCCCUAGAUUAACAGUGACAUGGAUACAUAGGCAAGAUGUAAUAAUAGCUAUCCAUUUAACCAAAAUAAAAUUUAGCGGUCGUAUAUACCCGAAAGAAAUUAUGAAUAGUGAUAUAAAUCAAAUGUUUACACCAAUAAACAUUUUAAAAAGAAAAGAAUUAGAAGAAUAUGUGCAGUAUGUUUUUUUAAAUAGUUAUAUUGAUUCCAUAAUUCUAAUUGAACAAAUACAUAUAGACCAUUUUGUAAAAGGAGAUAUCCCAGUUAUUUUAAAAAAUACCAAUAUAGAAGAAGAUGAAAAUGAGCAUACGUUUUUAUACGUUCAUACUAAGCAGUGUUGUGUUGACUCUUUUAAACAAGCCCCUAUAUAUCAAAAUAUAACGAUAAAAAUUUCCCCGAUUAAUGCAAAUAUAGAAUUAUUAGUUAUUGAACAAUUAAUAGAAAUAAUGGAAAAAGAAAAACAAUUAUUACUACAGUAUGAUAAGGAAGAAAAGUCAUUACCACCUCUUAUUGCAACAUCAGAGACAGCGAAGAAUGCCAUAAACACUACUUUGAAAAUUUUCUUAGACACAAAUUUCUUAAGAAUGUUAUCUUUGAAUGAUUAUAUAAAACGUAAAAUGGAAAAUGAUUUUAUAUUAACAAAUAACCAAAUUAUUAAUAAUAAUCAUAUAUUAAACACUAUAAAUCGAAAUGAGAACAGUUACAGAAUGAUAUGCUGCAAGAGAAGGGUAGAAGAAGAUAACAGCAAUUACAACAAUAAAUAUAGGCGUAACAGUGACUAUAACUACUGCGACUAUUCCUACUACAACAACAAUAACAUCAACGGCACAGACAUAAAACCGAAUACUUAUUCCUACUAUUUUAGUUCACCUAAAGCUAGACUGAUAACACAAAAUAAAAUAACGAAUAUUAAGAAUAUAUCGGACAAAAUAUGCUCAGAAGAUUCUACUAAUAGUUCUAUUUACAGUGAUGUGACGCAUAAAAAUAGAAAUAGUAUAAUACACAAAAAAAUUUGUAAAGCAUUGGUAGGAUAUUAUAAAUAUAAGAAGGUGCAUAAUUUAAUUAAUAAUACCUACUACAAUAUUAAUAAUAUAAACGAUGAAAGUUUGUUACCUAUAAAAAUUCAGUACUUUAAAAAUCGAAAAAUUUUCGUUAGUGCAUUUUCAUCUCACUUAUUCUUACACCCAAAUCCUAGAUGGAUAGAUAAUAAGAGCAAACCUGUAUAUAUACGAGAGUUUAAAAUUUACCCAAUUGAAAUUAUAGUAUCUAUUAGAACUUCAGAGCACCGAAUUUCGAGAAGAAUAUUACAUAUUGUAGAUGCAUUACCAGUAGAUACACCUUCUAUGCGUAUACAUUUGAUAUCACAAAAAAGAAAUUAUAUGGUUUGUACAUGGGAUGGAUUAUCUCAGUCUUUACGUGUAUCUUAUUUUAGGCAAUUAUUGAGACAAUCCUUACCUAGUGCAUGGUUAUCCAAUCCGUUUGCAUUUAUUAAAGGUUUUAUUAAUGGUUUAAUUGCAUUGUUUAAAGAAACAAUUAGAGGAGUGAAAACAAGUUCUAACUGUUUUGAUGGAUUUAUGUCAGGAUUUAAAUGUGGAAUAAUCAUAUUAGUUGUUAAUACUGUAGGUGGUUUAUUCCAAUCAUUAAGUCAUAUGUUAAAUGUAUGUCAUAAAAUAAUGGGUGGUUCGAGGCCCAGACCUCCGAGUAUAUUAGAUUCAUUAAUACUAGGGUUAGACGGGUUACUUUUAGAUACAUUUUAUAGACCAUGGGUUUCACUAUUUACUGAGCCAAAAAUAUCACUCAAUAAAGGAAAUAGUACUUUAAAAACUUCAUGUAUAAUUAUCGGUUGCAUUCUAAGAUGCUUAUUUUCCCCAAUUUUUGGCUUAUUGAACUUUUUUGCAUCUAUAACUGAAGGAUUUGCUAACACGUUGAUCGGAGACUUCGAGCGAUUCUCCAGGGUUCAAGAACGCACUGAAUUUAAAACGGAAAGAGUGCAUAAAACGGUAACAAGUUUAAGAAAAGGAAAAAGCUUAAAAAAGUUGAUUAAAAAAAGUGUUAGGUAUAAUGACACUUAG